AUGAAAACUCCGGCAAUGAGGUGAACUUUUCCUGACUUACAGGAUCUUCCCGGGCUGUAGGACUGACAGUUUGACGGACAUAUUGUGUCGUGGGAUUCAUUACGCAUCUGCAGUAAUGGGACCUUUGUAGCUAUGUUAGAUAACAUAUUAUUCUGUCAUUUAUUUCCGAUUGUUGAUAACUUUCUCAGCCUUGCGCGAUGGAGCCUGAAGCGGGACGAGACGAUGGGAUCCUCUGUGCGCUCUGGAGACCGAGGUUUGCUUUUUUUAGAUUUUUCUUGGUCUCUUUUCUUUCCUCCUUCACUGGUCUACGUCUUAAUUUCCUCUCAAGUGAUUUGAUUGACAAGUUUGAUAGUUUACCGUGCCGCUGCAUCGAUGCAGCACUGGGUGAACACAUGUUUUUACGCAUACUUUCACCAAGUAAGAUCGCUUAAAUAAAGAGUUGAUUAAUUUAUGCGCUGUUGAUGGAGAUCACAGGCCUAGAUUAUGCAUUAGUUCAAUUUAAUGCUCCAUGACGUCCAUGAAGUCUGUAAAUAAAUGCUUCAUAACAUAACUAUUUAUAUUCUUCUUCUUCUUAAUAUUAUUAUUACAACAAGUAGGUAUAAGCCUCUAGUUUCCCACAGAACGCGUCCGUGAACUAAUAUGCUAACUAGUAAUUAAUGUGUACACACCAAAAGUUUCAUCCCUGCUGUGACACAUUUCCUCAGGUGUUUAUCUUGAAAUGGUCACGUGGUUUCAUACAGCACAAGCGCAGACUCCCCAGUUAUCAAAGAUGACUUCUGAUGGAAUUUUGACAAAUUCGGGGGGGGGCUGUAAAAGGCACCAUGUGCCCAGAAAUGACGUGUGCCGGACCUUCAGUGCAGUAAUUGUAUUCUAACUCGGCUUAAAGAAUAAACGUAUAAACGGAUUACUAACUGAGGAGGAAUGUUUCAAUAUUGGCCUCUGAACCGGGCUUUACCUAUUGGCAGCGCCCAUGGUUACAAUCUUAAAAGAGAAACAGUGAGACUGACAGGACGAUGAAUGGGCUUUACUCCAUGCAAUAUAUUAAAAAUUUGGUGAAAGCCAUGGAAAACUCAAUUCUCUCUGAGUGCAGAGGUUUGUCAGAAAUGGGUGAAAUAUUGCACAUAGUUAGACACAUAAAAGAAGAAAAAAAAAAGAUUUAAAGAGAGACCCAAGGGCAAGUUACCAAGUGGAGCUAAGCUACACUCAUUAGGCCCGCCCUACAUUUAAACAAGGAAUACAGAGAUAGCUGAGGAGCAACUUGCGGUUUAUUCUUCAGGACUUCAAAAGACACUCCUCAAGAUUAUUCUGAACAGUGAAUAACAUGUCCGUAAAACCUGACUCAGUCUGGGGAAGGGCUCUGUUGACCUUUGUUGACUUCUGCAGGGUGGCGGUUUUCUCCCAAACUGAAAGCUACAGAGGCAGGAUUUUGAAAAAACAGCGGAAAUGCCUCUCUCUGUCAUCUUUCCCUGCGGAAAGCAGCAGAACUGUGAUCUAUACUUGGAAAGUGACGACAGGACAUGAACAGGAACUCCAGACGUUUCCCAGAUAUGCUGCCCAGCGGACUUCAUUGUUCUGUGGACACCAUUCUUCACUCAAUAACGUACACCAAAGGAGUCUGUCAAAUAGAACAUCUCCGUCUCAUGUUGGGUGGAUUAACAUAUAGUUUACGUCCAAAAGUCAAAUGCAAGUCAAAGACUUCUCACACUGCUGUGUUUUGAUUGAAUCCCAUAAUCCAACUAUCCCAGAGUGCUUUGGGUAUCUUCGUCACUCUCCAGACAAUGACGAGAUGUGUGAUGUCUAAUAACACACACACUUGUAUCGAUACAAGUGGUCAUCGGUCUCGACAACGUGCAGCUGAGUCACUGCAGCGUACAUCACACUCUUAGCCUGUGUUAUAGCUCAGAGUAUCGGGUGAUACCAUGCUGCAUAAUUAAAUCUGCAACAUGUCAGUGCAGCACGGGUAGCCUCAUAAAAAUGCCUGUGGCAAGAGUGACAAACAGUUGUUUGGUGAUACUCUCCAAAGUUUGAUUUCGGUUUCAGGGGCCUUAAGUAACCUGGUUAAUUGCAGAUUAUAUGGUCCUCAGUAAAACUGCAAAUGAGGGCUUUUGAGAUAUUGAUUGUGUUACAUGUUCUUUCAUUUCGCUCACCCUUUCGCGUGAUGCACAAAUGUUUAUCACAGCAGAGAGCGUUCCUGUGUUGACUGGUUCACCUCAGUAAUGACGUAGUGCUGGUGGAAAUUGAGGAUAAGCAGAAUCCCACAUGCUUCCUGUCACACAGGCCGAGUACUGCCUCCUCGGUUUAGUUCUGUGGCGGUAAAUAAUUGACACUAUUUGGGCAUUUCCAUUCUAACCUUGAUUUCACCCUAAACUUAAUGUCUCUUGGGUUUAUUUGUGUUUCUAAUCUCAAGCUUUUUACUUGGUGUAAUAUCAAUGAUGUUCAAAAUCACUUCCAUGCUUGCAAAUAUCCUCCUCUCGGAGGUUUCCGUCAUAGCACCACACUGUGGUGGCUAAAAGUCUUACAACUAAUUUGUGUGACCUUAAAAAAGAAGCAGGACUUCAUGGGAAAUGUGUUUCUCUGUGGUCCAGUGCCUGUUGUUUUGGAGCUCAGAGAGUGCUCUCAUUUUUAAGAUAUAUAAAGGUGCAGUGAAAAUGUUUUGACCGAAAUAGGUGCAAAGAAUGUAUGCAUUUUCCCUCUGAAUGGUUGCAAGUCAGUUUUACAAAGAACAAUUUUCAUGUCAUCAUAUCCGUCUUAUCAUCUGUUUGUUCCUCAGGAUUUGUUUGUGAAAGUGGACGGACUGGGGUCAGUAAUGGAGCCUAAGCUGAACUGCAGCUCCCAGUGUGAUUCCACACUCUGCUUCAUCCACUCAGGAGUCAACAGGCAGGAGGGUCUCGACAUUCUGCAGAGACUAUGUAGUCUCAGCACGAUGGCAGUGGAGUUCCCAAGGCGAUCUCUCUCCCCAGUGUUGAAUGCUGUGGUGUGGACGCUGCUCUCCUGUGGAAUCCUGCUGGCUUUCUGCUUCCUGCUCUUCACCAUGCGCUUCAAAAACAACAGGAUAGUGAAGAUGUCCAGUCCCAACCUGAAUGUCUUGACUCUCUUUGGAAGUGUCCUCACCUACAGCAGCGGCUUCUUGUUUGCCGUUGGGGAACGAUCACAAUCACAGGGUGGAGCAUCCACAGCUGUGCUACAAGCUCGGAUGUGGACUCUUUGUGUCGGAAGUACCCUGGUGUUUGGCCCAAUUUUGGGGAAGACGUGGAGACUGUACAGAGUGUUCACCCAGCGAGUGCCUGACAAGAGAGUGAUAAUCCGAGACAUCCAGCUGAUGGGCAUGGUGGCUCUGUUGAUCGUGGUGGACAUGCUGGUUCUCACCACCUGGAACCUCACAGACCCGAUCAGGUGUUCACGAUCUGUCGGAGCUGUUGUCAAGCUGAUGGAGAGAGACAUUUCCUACACUUUGUCUCAGCUGGAGACCUGCUCCUCUGUAUACUCGGAUCUGUGGGUUGUCAUUAUUGCUGUUCAGAAGGGUUGUCUUCUCCUCUAUGGGACUUAUCUAGCUGGGUUGACCAGCAAUGUCAGCCACCCUCCCGUCAACCAGUCUCCCACCAUCAUGACAGCCGUCACUUUGGUCACCCUCUUUUCGGCUGUGGCCGUCCCUGUGUCCAUCUUCCUGCACGCCUGGCCCAAUCUGGUUUAUAGCACUGUGGCUGGAGCCAUUUUCAUCUGCACACUGGCUACCAACUGCAUGCUGUUUGUGCCUCAGCUGACUCAGUGGCGGCAGUUUGAAGAGGACCAGAACAACCCAAGUCAGAUGGCCAAGUAUUUCAGCAGCCCCAGUAAGAGCCAGCCCUCGGUGUACAGCCAGGAUGAGAUGUACUACCUGUUGGGGGAGAACAACUCCAUGAAAAAACUCCUUACUGAGAAGAGCGUUGUGAUUGACAGUCUGCAGGAGCAGGUGAACAACGCCAAGGAUAAACUCCUGCGACUCAUGUCAGCCAGCCAGCCACCCGAGGACCAGAACCUGGACUCUUUUAACACCAACCUCAACUCCACCUCCAGUCAGACCACAGAGCUUCAGUCUAACGGCCCCGCUUCUUCUGAGCCUCCCUCUGCUCAAAGCUCCUCAGCUCCUAUUGCUGCUUCCUCUCUUCUCCCUGGUGAUAUGUAUGACAGUGAAAACCAGAGAGGUGUCUCUACCGCUGGGCUCACAGGUAGCGACACAGCUGGGAAGGGAACAAGGGAGGAUCUCAAACAACCCUUGUCCCUCAAGUCCCCUGGCUCACUCAGGACAGCAGAAGAGACGGUUCACUUUGUCACUUCCCUACAAUCCCGUAGAGGGUUAAACCCUUCUCAGUUUGAAACUUUCAACAAUCAGAGUGGCCUAACAUCCCAGCUGGGACCAAAUGCCAGACCAACUGGUUUUGUAAGCAGCGAGCAGUUGCAGGAGGUCCUCCAGGAGCUUAGUGUGGAUGCAGUCAUGGAAAUUGCACUUCGAUCACCCGGUCAGAUGUCCAGAACGCCCAGAACGCCCUCUCAGCUAAAAUUUACCGAAGCCUCUGCUCUUUCCCCUCUCUCCCUCCGCACACCGCGCACUCCUCAUCGACCUGUUCUCUUCCGCUACCCCAGCAUCUCCCCCUAUGCGAUGAGGAAACGUCGGCCGCCCUUCCACUCCUGCAGAAAAGGGUUGGCCCCUCCCUGUUUCUAUGCAGGGUCAGAGGCUGCUGGAUGUGAAAAGAUAAGGGAAAACUGUGAACUCCAAACUCCAGGCAAGCGCCAUGAUAGGGUCACUGUGGAUGGUACCCUCCUCCAGGUUCACAACCCUGACUUCGAGCUGGAGGAGGAGGAGGAUGAGGAAGGGAAUGAAGCGAUAAGGAAAGUUCGGAGGCAUAUUUCAAGGUCCCAAAGACGCUCAGUCUUGCCGUGUGCAGAUCACACAGCUCCACCUGAUCUGGAAUUAGGUGGUGAUAAUAAGCGGCACCAUAGACACAUUAGAGACUCCUGUGGCUACUGGGACUCUGACUCUAGCAGCUCAACAGACUACGAUUACUACCACCGUCCCUACUGUGACUCCUGCCUGCAGCGAGGCUCUCUCCUGUCAUCAGACAGCUCCUCAGACUCCUCUGACAGCGAGUACGACGACUACACCAGCCUGUACCGCUCCCCACAACCUGUGGUAUUCAAAGAAGACAUCAAACCAACCUUUGUAUGAGCACAAAUUUACUGCACUUUACAUGUUCAUCCAUUUCCACCACUUGAAUUAAUGUCCUAAGAAACGAUGUGCAAAAUUAGCAUUUAGGAUAAAGCAGGCACAAUUAGCUUUAGGCUAAUGUGCAUCUGUAAUGGGAGAUCAUCUGUUUGUAACUUUCAGUAGGAACGUGUUUGGAAUUCUGUAUGACAAGAGCAUUAGUAUUCUUGAAUCUUGCAUUGUGGGUCAGAGUGGUGCUUUUAUUAGAUUUAUAAAAACUUUUGGAGCUCACAAGCAGACAACGCUGUUUACUUUUUAAUAUUACUUAUGGCAGUAUGUGUAUAUUUCUGCUGUCAGAUGACAUCCCUUACGUUCAAAAUGAUAUGUUUUCACAGGACAUCUGAAAUGUGCUCUAUAUUAGCUAUUGUGUAUAUGCUGUAUUUAUUGUGAUAUUUAUAAUAAGAUGUUUUGGUGUUUACAGAAUUCUUCGCUGUACCCUUUUUAUUGUUUUACAUUAUCAACACAUUCCUUAAAGUGUAUGCCAUUUUAUUGUAUGGUCUGCAUUUUGUUGUUUAAGUUUUGCUUUUUCCUCCUUCAUUGCCUACAAUGCUCUACAUUUGUUGUCAGAUGCUUCCAAUCUACAACUGGUUUACGAGACACCAAGCCCACACCGUUAGAGCGACUCGAUAAAAACGGGUUACUUUUACUUUAACACACUUCAUUAUUAUCUCAGUAUUAUUGUCCUGACUCAUUAAGAGUAUUUAAUGUGCAAAGGUCACAGUUAUCUGGAGUGUGUGUCUUGUGUGUAUGCUAGACAGAUUUUCAAACCCUCUCUUUUUAAAAGAAACUUCACAUCACUUCAUUCUGCAUCUUCUCUGGUUUUAUACAGUGGAGAACUGAUUAACCAGCUGGGGGCCACAUGUCAAAAAUAAGUCCCUAUUAGGCCCCCACACUCACAUUCCCUCAACCCAUUUUGCCCAGAGUCCUACAAACCAAUCUGUAUUCAUAUGCUGUAACACCCAACUACAGGUUUUGUUGUUAGUUUGGGAGUUUUCAUAAUAUUCUUUCAACACAGACAAAAACAGAGCAUUACUCGCCCUGUUUUUUUAAUAUUUCUCUUCCCUGUCUUGGCCUCUCUCUCUCUCACUCUCUCUCACUCUCUUCCACUAUCUCCUCUCUGUCUCUAUGUCAUUUUUUCUUCGGCUAAUGGGACAAUGUGUGUUUGCCUGAGGUGGUGUUGCUGUGAAGGGAAAACAGCGUCUUGCGUUACUUCUGCUCUGCUGCCUAUUUUUGAGACGCCACUGCUCUCUAUUCUGCAUAUGAACCAUUGAAGGGCAGCCUGGGAGAAAUUCCUUUUGAUAUAGAGCAUAACAGAGUAUAAAUAACCCACACAAAAGACAGACUACCAGCAUCACUGUGCAGGAGGAAAGACUUUCCAGCCAAGUGACCCGCAUUCUGUUCAAGAUGGGGAUAACUGACGUAUAAUGAUAAAAAUAUAAUAAAAGAGUUGUCAAUCACAUUUCUUUCUCAAAAUAACACGAUAGUCCAUAGCUAUCGUCUACCUCCUUGAACACGUAUUACAUACUGAAUAAAAGAGAGUGAUUAGUUGACCUUCAGGAACCCUUUAUAAUGGGUUUAUAAGUUGUAACUAUUGGCUUUAUUAAUAGUUAAUCAAUUAUUUACUAAUGCUCUUUCGUCAGUUUGUAGCCCUUACUGUAAUAAUAACAAAAGUGGGUUGCCAGAUUGUGAAAAAUCCCUUUGACUUAUUGGACUGUACGACCACUUCACUUGUAAAAUGGGUUUCACUGGAUCCGGACGAAAGUUGAUUUAUUAACAACUUUAUUAUCACCAACAAUAUUUUUAGUAUUAAUGGCUUACCAACAUUUAUAACAACAUUACACCAAAGAGAAACAAGAAACCAACAACCUGGCAACACAAAAUGUGUUCUCAUUAACAGCUUUACUGGGUGAGUAAAGAGUCAAGGCUCAGCUUUGUUGUCAUUAGGCAGGAAGGAGA